GUGAUGGGCAUCGAGAGUGCAUCAGUGAACGAGAAACACCGCGGAGGUGUCGCAGACAUCCCAGAAUGCAGGGAACAAACCGACCUGGACACCGAGUACCGGGAUUUCCCGGAGGAAAAGAUCUGGAGUCCAAAGGAGGAAGUGAACGAAUGGGUUCCCCUCUACGUUUUCAUGGCUCGUUCUGUUUUGACAUUCGUGCAAGAGAGCCAGGGUAUUUCCAACAGAGAAGCAAUGGAGAACUCUUGCACGGGAUACGCGGAGCAGUACAUCACGGAUGUUCUUCACGACUCCGAGUAUAUACCGGAAGUCGCGCUGAAGACGCUGCUCACGAAAGAAUUGCCAAGAAAACUAGUUUCAAAAUGGACGCCACAAGACACUGAACUUUUCAUCAAAGGAAUUUCGAAACAUGGGAAGGAUUUCACGAGUAUUCAGAAGGAACUUCUUCCACAGAAGGACAUGAAGGACAUCGUAGACUUCUACUACGCCUGGAAGUGGUCAGAGCCAGCGAAGGAGUUCAGAAGUUGUCGUCGCAGGCGUCGUUCCAACUCCAAGCGACGCUUCCCAUCGAUCGGCUGUAUUUUCGGCGAGCUAUCGUCCCCGAAGAUCGUCACGCGCAGCGUCGCCGCUGCCUCGAGGCUCUCCCUCGAGAAGAGCGGGCAAAUCCUCGGCGUGGCGAAUCCCACGGAGUCCUCGAACGUGGUGGCGAAGAGGAGGCGAAAUGGUUCGCUGGUUGUUCGAUGA